AUGUCAGACUCUGCAAGGUCCAAGGCGUCAGCCUAUCAUCUCGAAACCUUACCCAAUUCAACGGGUAGCUCAACCAACGUCACCAAAGAGGACAAGCGCCUUUGGAAGGAGAUUAAACAGAAUCUCAGAAUUACGCUUUUCUGUCUCGGAUUGAUGAGUACGGCUUUAUUGACAGGCUACGAUACGGUUGUCGUCGGUACAAUCACCGCUCUUCCAUAUUUCCAAAGGGACUUUGGAGAAAAAUUCGGAGACUCAUACAUCGUUCCGUCAUUAUGGCUUGCUCUGUGGAGCGCAGUAGCACCAAUUGGUCAAAUGGCGGGCGCAGUACUUGGAGGAUGGAUACAAGAUCGCCUCGGGCGACGAAAAUCGAUCAUGAUAGGUAGCUGCUUCGCUGUGGCCUCGAUCGCUGUCUGCUAUGUAUCCGAUAAGCCUGACGAUAUCGAUGCGCGCCGCGGCGUCCUGCUCGUCGGCAAGACUGUACUAGGAUUUGCGCUCGGUAUCAUGCUUGCGACCACCCAGACAUACAUGUCUGAAGUGACACCUGCGGCCAUACGAGGACCGAUACUAGGCCUGAUACCAACGGGUAUCCUUUUAGGUCAAUUAACAGGAGCUAUCGUCAUCUGGUCACAGUCUUCGAACAAAUCCGCCAACUCGUAUCUCAUCUCGAUUGCAUCCCAAUGGCCCUUCUCCGCUGCUCCCUUUUUUGUAGCUUUGGUCUUACCCGAAAGCCCGACCUGGUUCAUCCGCAAAGGUCGAGCAGAAUUAGCCCUUCGCUCGCUGCGAAAGCUAUACUCAGGGGAGGAAGCAGCCCAAAAAGCGAUGGACCAGCUCGUUCUUUCGAUCGAAGCGGAGAGCACAGCGCAAGAAGGUGAUGAUGUGACCUACGGGGAAUGCUUCAAAGGUACCAAUCGUCGAAGAACGGGUAUUGUCAUCUUCGCAAGUCUGAUCCCCAUCAUAUUCGGACUACCUUUGCUAGGUCAAGCAAGCUACUUCAUUCAGAUCGUCGGUAUGGCAGCUGAACUGAGUCUUGUCGUUCUGAUCCUGGGUAUCGCCUUGGGUUUCAUUGGCAACGCAAUUGGCUUGUGGGUCAUGUCUAAGAUCGGACGCCGCACAUUAAUUAUCACCUCGUUGAGCAUCUCCAUAGUCCUCUGGCUGGGAAUGGGGAUUGCUGGUAUCUGGUCUGGUACCUUCACCACAUGGUACACUGCCGCGACCUUAAUGUGCGUCGUGGUUGUCAAUGGGGUCGGUUCUUGGCCAGCUUCUUACGCAGUUGGUGGCGAGGUGUCAUCACUUCGUCUCCGAGCCAGAAGCCAAGGUAUUGGCUGGUUCACCAGCAGCUUAGGCAACGGGGCGAUCAAUAUCGUAUUGCCCUACAUCUUCAACCCCGAUGCGGGUAAUCUAGGAGCCAAGCUCGGAUUUGUCAUCUCAGCGUUUUGUUGUGUGGGUCUCGCCAUCAGCUGGCUGAUGGUUCCGGAAAUGAGGGGUCGGUCUAACACUGAUAUUGACAGGAUGUUCGAGAUCCAACUAGCUACGCGAAAGUUCAAGGGAUGGGUGCUGGAUACAGACAACGAGCAUCCACAUUAA